CGAUCCGGAGGAAAGAGAGGUGCAUCUGAGCUGAAACUGAAAACACCAGCCGGCCGACUGGAGAUGGUUGUGCAGAGACUGAUCCGUGCUGUCAUCAUGGGACCUCCGGGAUCCGGGAAAGGAACCGUGUCCGGGCGCAUUAUUAAAACUUUUGGACUCCAACACAUCUCCAGUGGGGACAUUUUAAGAGCCAACAUCGAGGAAAAAACAGAGCUGGGCCUGCUGAUGAAGUCCUGCAUCGAUCAGGGCCAGCUGGUCCCUGACGCCAUCAUGUCCCGCAUCAUCCUGAGCAACCUGAGGAGGAUAGACCACAGUGGCUGGCUGCUGGAUGGAUUUCCUCGUACCGUGCCGCAGGCAGAAGCUCUGGAUCAGGCCUACGUGAUCGACACAGUCAUCAACCUCGACGUGCCUUUCCAGACCAUCAAAGAAAGACUGACUUCUCGGUGGACUCACAUUGCAAGCGGCAGAGUCUACAACACGGAUUUCAACCCACCUAAAGUUCCCGGUCUGGAUAACAUUACCGGGGAGCCUCUGGUCCAGAGAGAUGACGACAAACCAGAGACGGUCACACGGAGACUGAAGUCCUACGAAACCCAGACAGAACCCGUCUUAGAGUACUACAGGAGUAAAGGCGUGCUGGAGUCCUUUUCAGGAACAGAAACCAACAAGAUCUGGCCUCACGUCGAAGCUUUCCUCCACAGAAAGUUCUCCUCGCUCAGUCAAAGAGCAGCUUAAAGAGCCUGAGGAGGAGUUUUUACUGAAAGGAGCCACUGUGUGCGCCAAUCCAAGAGCCAGAAGAACAGAGGGGCUAUCUGUGAAUCAAACCGAUGUGAGGAAACAGGAUUUAUUUUCUAUUCUUUUUGCAGCACAAGUAUGUUACCAUUCUUAGUUUGGGAAACUCGUCUCUUCCAUCCAUUUUGUGCCUUUUUAAAGCCAGAAGCAAAUUACUGAAUCGUGCAUCUUAAACAGCAGAGUAUGAAAGAUGUAACCAGCUUUAGUUUCUAUCAUUUCAAUCUCAUCAGCACCGAAAAGACUUGAAACCAUUUUAAUAAUGAAAACAGUAAACUGAGUUCAUUUUGUGUACAGAAAUACCUUGUAGGAAAUGUCACGAGUGCCUUUAGCUGCUUUAAAUGAGCAGCUCAAAACUUUUAAUUUAAAAAUCAUUUUUGUAUUAUUUUCUGAAUCGAAGGGACCACAUUUAUUUUAUUGAAUAUUUUUAAUUACAAAGAAAAGCAUCAAGGGACAAGUUUCAACCACUGCAGGUCUUAUUAGUGAAGCUUCUUAAACACUCCAUUCUUUUCAUUUUAACCAUCUGUCAAUCGUGUCAUAAUAAUAAUAAUAGUAAUAAUAAUAAUAAUGUGAACACAGACUUUAACAGGGUUAAAUGUUGUUGGAAAGUAUUUGCACUUUUUUGCACAUUGCUUGAAAUAUUUACCCUGUUUAAAGCUUAUUUGCUGCGUUUUGUAACUUCUACUGUUUUCUGCACUUCUACGUUUGAAGCAUCUCCUUUAUUGUACAGUUCAACACUGUCACAAGUAUUUAUAUCAAAAUAAACCUCUUGUACUGUA